AUGACCUCGCUUCAUAACAUAUUACCCUACCAUGGGAGGCUCUCAGCUAACAGUCGCAAUAUCCGACAGACCCACGAUAUUAACUCGCCUAACGACAUGGUCAUGGACACGGAUGACUAUAUCAACGUGGCCGACGAGCCUGAGAAGGUCGCCAUUAUCAACCCCGACAACCUCGAACCAACCGAAGUUGACCAGCUGCAAGAUUUGCCCAUGGCUACCGACCACGAAGCCAUGAAGGAGAUUUGUCUUCCCCCACUCAUCGAUGAGCCAAGGAUCCUCGGAGACUACAAUUACACAUGGCCUGUUGAGAACUGGCGCAGCUUGAAUAAGAAGGAACACGGUCCCAUUUUCCAAGCUGGUGGUUUCCCAUGGAGAAUUCUGCUCUUCCCACAUGGUAACAAUAUCGAUCAGUGUUCCAUCUACCUUGAACAUGGCUUCGAAGCCGAUAGUGUUCCUGAUAACUGGAGCUGCUGUGUUCAAUUUGCGCUCGUCCUAUGGAACCCGAACGACCCAAGCCUAUACGUCCAUCACACUGCUCAUCAUCGCUUCACCAAAGAAGAGGGAGAUUGGGGCUUCACACGGUUUGUUGAGCACCGACGUAUGUUCAACGUCCCGUGGGAAGGCAGCAGCCGACCCCUCUGCGAAAAUGAUACCGCAAAUAUUACCGCUUAUAUUCGCCUUGUUGAGGAUGAGACGGGUGUUUUGUGGCACAACUUUGCAAACUAUGAUUCCAAAAAGGAGACGGGAUUUGUCGGUCUCAAGAACCAGGGUGCCACCUGCUAUCUGAACUCCCUCAUGCAGUCCCUAUACUUUACAAACAAGUUCCGAAAGGCCAUUUACGAAAUUCCCACCGAGGCCGAUCCUAGCAUGCACAACAGUGCAUACACAUUGCAACGACUGUUUUAUCAAUUACAGACUUCAGACCAGGCAGUUGGGACUACGGAGCUCACAAAGUCUUUUGGUUGGGACACACGACAUAUCUUUGAACAACAGGAUGUCCAAGAGUUUUCGCGUAAGCUCAUGGAAAGAAUGGAAGAUAAGAUGAAGGGAACUCCUGCUCAGAGCGUCCUACCGGAGAUGUUCAGUGGCAAGAUCAAGACAUACAUCUCAUGUAUUAAUGUCGACUACGAAUCCAGCCGAAUCGAGGACUUCUGGGACAUCCAGCUGAACGUCAGCGGAAACAAGAAUCUGCUUGAGAGUUUCGAAGACUAUGUUCAGGUAGAGAAGAUGGACGGAGAAAAUCAAUACUUUGCCGGCGACCAGCACAAGCUUCAAGAUGCGAACAAAGGUGUCAUUUUCAACAGCUUUCCCGAUGUGCUGCACUUACAGCUGAAACGCUUCGAGUAUGAUAUUCAACGCGACACCAUGAUGAAGAUCAACGACCGAUACGAGUUCCCCGAGUUUUUUGAUGCUGCGCCAUACCUAGCCGAGGACGCAGAUAAGUCUGUUCCUUGGACGUACCAGCUCCACAGCGUUCUGGUCCACAGCGGUGAUCUGAACGCAGGACAUUACUACGCCUUCUUGAAGCCCGAAAAAGACGGCUGGUUCUACAAGUACGACGAUGAUAAGGUCACCAAGGCAACACUGCGCGAAGUAAUGGAGGAGAACUUUGGCGGAGAAUACCAUGCCGCCAACGGUUACCCGCGUGCGCCUGUGCCAAAGAAGGCUCCCAUCAUGCGCCAAAACAGCGCAUACAUGCUGGUUUACAUUCGUCAAUCGCGUUUGGAUGACAUCCUUUGCCCAGUCACUAAGGAACAUAUCCCAUUGCAUCUCAGACAAAAAUUUGAGGAAGAGACCGUUCAGCGAGAAGCUCGCAAGAAGGAGCAGCGAGAGGCCCAUCUUUACAUGUGGGCAAAGGUGAUAACCGAUUAUUCAUUCCAGCAAUUUGGCGGGACAGAUUUGUGCCAAUUCGAUGCAAAUCCCGAGGUCGAUCCUGCUGCACCCAAGUUCUAUCGUGUCCGUCGCGCAAUGACCAUGGAGGAAUUUGUUGCGCAGGUUGCAUCGGACAUGGGCGAGGACCCCCGACGUGUUCGACUUUGGCUUAUGGUUAAUCGGCAAAACAAGACGAUCCGUCCUGAUCAGCCAAUCAUGGAUCUAACACCUACAGUCGAUGAGACAUACUCUCGUUCUGCUGCCCAUCGAGAUACUAGUCUACGAGUAUGGGCUGAAGUCGCUGAAGAAGUUGAUGCCGACGGGGAACCAAUCUGGCCGUCUUACCAGAGCCAACCCAACGGCGUGAUCGUAAAGAAUGAUACCAUUCUUCUCCUUUUGAAGCACUUCGAUAUUGACGCUCAAACGCUGCGGGGCGUCGGCCAUGUCUACAUCUCCAAGGAAAAGAAGGUAGAGGAUGUGCUUCCUAUGAUCCUGAAGAAGAUGGGUUGGGGUGAGAAGUUGCCCGCAGAGGAGAAGCUGUUACUUUGGGAGGAGAUUAAACCCACCAUGAUCGAACCACUCAAGCCCAAACAGUCGCUGAAAGUUGCAGAGCUGCAGGACGGUGAUAUUAUCUGCUUCCAACGAACCAAAGCUGGCAUGGAGAAGCGCGCUGGUGACAAGGCCUCGCAAGAAUCAAACAACAUAUCUGACCACUUUGAGGAUGCACGCGAAUACUACGACUUCCUUGAGCACAGGCGGACGGUUAAGUUCCAUCCUCAUCCUACUCGAUGUGACCAGACGCAAUACCCUCCUUUCGAGCUGGUACUCAAUUCCAAGAUCACGUACGAUACACUGUCAGAGCGUGUUGGAACAUACUUGGACGCACAACCCACACAUAUCCGGUUCUGGACAGUAAACGCCUCUACGCAGAAUCCCAAAACGCCCGUUAGGAGGGGUGCGAACCCUACACUUAGACAGAUCCUUAGUCCUAUGGGAUCUACUGCCCUCAAUGCAACCCAGAGGAAUGAUGCGUUCUACUUUGAGGUUCUCGAGAUGAGUUUGACGGAACUCGACACCAAGAAGAGUAUUAAGGUGACUCUGCUGAGUGAGGGAAUCACCAAAGAGGAUACCUAUGAUCUGCUCGUCCCCAAGACGGGAACGAUCGAGGACUUGGUGGAAGCGCUGAUAAAGAAGGCUCAAAUCCCAAGCGAGGCUGAAGGGGGACGGCUUCGCAUUUACGAGACAAGCUCCAACAGAUUCUAUCGCGAGCCCCUUCGUGAACAUCCAGUUAUUAACCUGAACGAGUAUGCCACGAUUUACGCAGAACGGGUUCCUCAGGAGGAGCUCAACGCCGACGAGAGUCAAUUCACCUAUGCCUUCCACUUCCAGAACGACGUGAGCCGUGUUCAUGGCGUUCCUUUCAAGUUUUUGGUAGUUGAGGGAGAGACCUUUGCAGACACCAAGAAGCGAUUGGAAAAGCGAUCAGGUAUCAAGGGCAAGAGCUUCGAGAAAAUCAAGAUCGCUGUUGUGCGACGAGCGAACUACUCGAAACCGCAAUAUCUCAAUGAUGACGAUGUACUAUCAACCUUCAUACAAGGGGAAGAUGACUUCCUUGGCCUUGACCAUGUAGAUAGAUCAAGGACAUUGAGGAACGGCGUUGGGGACCUAUUCCUUCGAUAA